AUGGAGACAACGGACGGGGAGUCCCCCACGGCCGCGCGGCUGACGAGAGAACAGGAGGAGGGACUCGUCACGCGGCUCCACGACCACUCAAUGAAACAAAAACAAGAGAAUCUGCAGAAACUCGAUGCCCGCUUUUACCCAACAGCACCGCGAAGAUGUCUGCCGAAGGAGACCAUCGAGAGCAGCGUCGCACGGCAGGUGGAUCAGGAAAUGAUGAAACGAAAAGCAGCACGUGAGGAGAGAGAAGCUCGUAUUGAAAGAGAGACGAUUCCCAAAAAAAUAUCCAGUGAAGAAGUUGAAAGCUGUACAGAAAGACUUUACACAGAAUCCUUGGCGCGAAAGGAGGCUAAUAUGAAUGAAAGCAGAAAGCGUUAUCUUUUCCAUGGACCGGAAGUGACUCAAAAAAAAUUUUCUGAAAUAAAAGAGUAUGUAGCACGCCUUGCAGUACCAAAGAAACGGGAGUUCACAGUUGAGGAAGUUAACAAAAUCUACGGUUUACAAUAA